UUUUGGUUUGCUUAUGUAGAUGUCUAAUGGCCACCUCCUGUAAUUAAUUUAACAGUAGUGUAUACAGUAAUUUUUUUUUUAUGAUGGACAAAGAAUGCACAAAAGCAAAGCAAAUACUAUAGAUACUUCUAGGCCUUCUUCCCUGCCACUCCCCACCCCCUGCAGUCAUCACGCAGAUUCAACAUUUAUCAACUCAUGGCCAAUUCUGUUUCAUUUAUGCCCUGCCAAACCCAGCUGUCCUGUGCUCCAGCUUUGGGUUCACCUGAAACCCUAUCUCCUCAGCUGAACUUGCCCAGGAGACAAUCCUGGGUGCAGCAGACUCCUGCCGGUCUGUGUCCUCCACUCCAUUCCUGGGGCCUGAGGCUUGAGAACACUUCCAGUGUCACAUUCUGUUAUACUUGAUGGGGAAACUCGAGGCGUCCUGGUGGCGGGCAGGACAAAAGGACAGCUGUGCCAGGCUGCCCGCAAAUUAGGGCAUCUUUGGAGGCUGUCCUCCAAUCCCUAAUUAAUUUUUAGGAGAGCUUUAAUUAUGCCAUCAACAGUCCUCACUUAAACAAUCACAGGCACUCAGGCUAGGGGAGAAAUGAGUGACUGACUAGAUUUGCAUAACCAUUUACACUAAUUAGAAUGUCAAAAGUUGGUGGCAAAGAGGCCAAGUUGUGCUGUGACUUAGUAUCAUUUUAAUUUAGACCAAUUUCCUAUUAUUACAACUGUCUUCCUCUUUGCAUCUCAGGUCCUCUUUCCUUCUGAACGAUUUGUAGCAAAAACAGAAUGGAAAACAGAGAUAAUAAUAACUCAGUUGUAGGCAGAACUCCUAAAAAACUAAAAGCUUUCUUUCCUUAAUCCAAACCAUGAUUUUAGUUUUCAUCUAAACUUACAAUUGCAUGGAUAUUUAGAUUUAGAUAAUUUAGGCAAACACUUCGCUUUGAAUCUAGAAGCCUCCUCUUUACGUGAGUGUGUGUGUGUGUUCCAUAUAAGGUGGUAGAAUCAUGGUCAGGUUGUCCCAUGAGAAAAAGUACUGUCUUUGAACAGUUACUUUCAUUCCAGUGUCUUAACAUAAGGAUUGGUGUGUAAUAAUAAUGAUUAUAAGAUAUACUCAUUAAUAAGUAAUAUUAGUUUAAAUAAUAUGUAAAGCUUCUAAGACACAUGUUUUGAACUAUAAGAUUUGAAAACUACAAAGUGGGCUGAGAAUACAGAACUCCAGGUCUCCAGCAUAGAACCUCCCUGACCCAUUAGAGACUGUUUAGGCAUGCAUCAGUGGUUUCUGGGUCUGGCUGGUGAGCUACUUACCCAGGUCCUAGUUAAAUCAGGCAUCUUCUGUUUUUCCGCCCUCAUUCCCUUUUAGCAGCAGGAGGCCAUCUAUUUAAUUAGUUGGGGAUGGGAGCGUCUAUAAUCUCUUGGGGGCAGCUUUAGCCCCAGAACUGGAUAAGAGGGUGAAUCCAACUUGGGGCAUGGCUGGCCUCUCCCUGCAACAUAUGGGGAGCCUGCCACGCCUUCAGCCCAAGUUCCAGCAGCAAGCAGGAGUGGAGGAGCCUUCCCUGCUGGGAACACACCCCGCAAAGCCAAGGGCAGGUGGCGUCACUCGUAGAGGUCAAGCAGUUCUUAGACCAAACAGCAUCUGGCAAACUAUGCCAAUUGGAAAUCAAUGUCCCUCCCUGGGUGGGUUUAAUUUUAUGGUUGUUUGCACAAACUUACAGCCCCUAAUGGCAGGGCAGAGCUCAGAGCAUCCUCCCAGGAUUGUUUCGAGGGAGUGUGAUGUCUUUUCAGCCCAUCCAUAAGUUAAAGUAAAGAAUCUGUUGACUUGAGGCUAGUGUUAGAGCCUGGCUGUCAUGCUAAGCUAAACUAGAGGUGGGUUUAGCCACUAUUUAUCCAAGACCGGGAGGUUUGACCACAAAUGCAAUACAUUUAAGCCCCCAAAGCCUUACCACACUCCUUCUAGCCUGAGGGAGACACGUGGGUUCCUCUGCAUGAGGCAAUGUUGAAUCAUUAUGUUAAGUGUUCCAACUCCAUGUUAAGUAGACCAGCUUCCUUUGGACUGACAUAAGAUUUUAUAGUGGUUAAGAAGUUAUGUUCUGCAAUCAGACAAAUUCAGGUUCCAACACUCACCAGCAGAAGAACUUUGGGGCAAGUUUCUUAACCUCUCUGGGUCUCACUUUCCUCAUCUGUAAAAUGGGGAUAAAAGUUUCACCCACCUCACUGAGCUGCUGAGAGGAUGGAGUAAGAUAGUAUGUUGAAACUGGUUAGUAUGGAUUAAAAUGACAAUAAGGAUAAUAAUGAUAAUUCCAGCCAAAUAUGAACAAGAUAGUCAUGUUAAAAUAGGCAGCAACAGAAGGCUUGAAUGAGCAGUGCUGGUUUUAAAACCUUAAAUUUUAACAUUGAACUCCAUAGUCUUGUAUGCAAAUUCUUUAACUUGCUCAUUUUCCCCUUGUUAUGACCCAUCAUCUUUCUUAUUUUUCAACAAAAAGAUAAAGAUCCAGACAUAAUACUAUAUUCUGAUUCACCCUGCAAUGAAUGGGUUGUUGCUUUAGAAGCAUCUCAUGUCAGUCCUUGGUCCCAUCAGAAUCAGAACUCCAGGGAACCCAGCGGUAGUCAUGGCAACAACAUCUGUUGUGUUUCUCAGGUGGAUCAUUUCCAGGAGAUACUUGGAUAAUCAAGAUCAAGUGAUGACUCAUAUGGGAGAAAAACUUUUGUGUAGCUGAGGAUAGGGUUGCUUUCUUUGGGGUCAGAAACUCGGAUGGAGUGUGAGCCUACCUGGGGAAAUGUACCCCAAACUCUUCUUUCCUCCAUCAGAGACAGUUUCACUGCAGUAGACUACAAAGGGACAGGGGUGAGGAGCCCUGCUUCCAAGUGGGUCAGGGAGAGGAGAACAGGAGAGGAAGGGCCAGUUCUCCCGGAUGAAUAGAGAGCAGUUGUUGGUGGAGAACUGUGUUCUGGCCAGAAUUGCAGUUUCCGUAAGAUGCCUGAUUACUUUCUUCCUUUAUCUAUAGCUUCAGCUGGAUCCCCAUCAUUAGGGCAGGAUGAAAAGGUCCCCCUUUCUCUAACAGACACAAUCUGCAGUCUCGCAACCAACCGCCCCAGUGACUGUGUUACUGUUUCUUAGCCAUAGCUAGAGACACCCGGCAAGCUGGCCAGUCCAAUUCUCUCUCCCAAGUUUUUGAAAACUUGGCUGAAAUAGACAAGUGAGUUGGAGCAGAGUCACCUCAUAGUAGUACUUCAGGGCCUAAAGCAAUGGCUGCUAAGGUCCAAGUCACCUUCAUUCAUGUCCUACCAGAAAACCGGUUAUUUAAACUUCCUUUGACUUAGUGAGCUACCCCUCAUCAUUCCAUAUCUCCUUUCUGCUUAAGGACUGAUUCUGUUUUCUUUUUUUCUUCUGCAGGAAUCUUGAUAUGACAUGUUUCCUACUGAAACUUGAAAAAAAUAAAAAGUAGAGAAGGAUGGGUUUUGAAUAGUAAGCUUGUGAUGUUUGCAAGGGUCUAAACCAAAAUCUCUGGGUUCUCCAACCUUGAGAAUAGAUUUGUAACCUAAAAUUUCCCCCAUAAAAAGCAUCUUCAACCAUGAGAGCUAUAAGGCUGUAUGGAGGUGCAUGUGCGGUGGUUAGCCAGCUGGAUCUGUUCCUUGACUAAGUGAUUUACAUCCAUGUCUGGUAACCUGGGAUUUAAAUUUCUGCCUACACAAAAUGACCAAGUGUGCUUCCUCAAGAAUAGGUGACACUGGAGCAUUAAUUUUUCGAAUGCUAAAGUUCUCUGAAAAAGCUCCAGGCUCAUCUAAGCAGCACAAAGUGGUACAGCUACAUAUAUCUUUUUCUUUAAAAACUACAUUAUUGCCUUCAGGGAUUAAUUGCAGCAGCCAAUCAUCUAGUGAAACAGGCCAUGGGUUUCUUACAAUUAUUACUGUAAAUGGCUUCUUCCAUAGGAUCCACAUUUGGGCACUGAUUCAUACUGGGAUUGCUUUAGCCUCAUCUUCUGCAAAGGGCUUCCUCUGAAGAUCGAAAUGUGAGGUUGGGUCUAUUUAUCAGUGACAACUCCGACACUGGGCAAAAUCCCUGAGCAAGAGAUCCAAGUCUCUCCCCCAGCUCCCUCCAAUAGGGAGAUUUUCAUAUGAUGUCACCAAUGGGUGGGUCACUUUGUAACAGAGCUAAAGACACAAGUUCCUGUUAGGGCCAGUUCAAUUCAUCCUCUUCUCUGGCUGUGGAGUGCAUCAUCCCCCCAGGGAUAUGACCAGCCUCCUCCCAGAGAGCUGCUUUGGCACAACACAUCCUCACUUCUGCAGAAACCACUUGGAGCAUCAGUGGAAUUCCUUUAGCUUGUGGUAGACUUCACAUAAUUCACCAAAACUUCCUCCAAGCUUCCUGGAGGUUUCAUGUCUCCAUGUCAUGAAUUCGCAGUUACUUCUCAUAUGGAGCUUCCUGCUUGAGGACUCUUGUGCCUUCCAGUUGUCUAAAGUCUCCACUCUCCCUCUCCUCCCCACAUGGUAGAUAAAGGGACUGGGAUCAGACUGGGGGAAGCAGGUAGGUGUACCUUCAGGCAGGUCUUGAAUAAAACCAGAAAAGAGUUGGAUUAACUUCUGGAAACCCAGAAGAAAAUUCUGGUUUGACUGAACUGGGUCACCUUCUUGACCCCAAGGCACUGAUGCUGUUCACCAGCACCUGAAGACACUUACCGCUAUUGUUGCACAUUACGAACGCAUUUCCAAAGUACCACUAAAUACAACCUGGAAAAGGAAAUUUUCUACUGGCUAAUUUCUUGCUAAUUUCAGGCCAGUUAUAAUGAAUCAUGUAUCUCCAUCACUCAGCUUCAACAACUAUUUAACUAAUAGGCAAUCUUGUAUUACCUAUACCUCCACCCGUUUCCCUUUUCCCUAGAUUAUUUUGAAGCAAAUCCCACACAUUAUAUAAUUUAUUUGUAAGUAUUUCAGUAUGUAUCUCUAAAAUAUAAGCUCUUAAACAGUGUAACCAUGCUAUCUUUAUUAAACCUAAAACAAUUAACGAUAAUUCCUUAUUAUCAAAUGUGCAGUCCAUGUCCAGAUUUUCUCUCAUUGCCUCAUAAAUGUUUUUAGAGUUGGUUUAUUUGAGUCAGAAUCUAAACAAGAGCCACACAUUGCGUUUGGUUGAAAUGGUUCUAGUCUCUGAUUCUAAUUUUAUAGGUUCCUUCUUCACCUUUCCCCCUGCCUCAUAUAAUAUAUUUGUUGGUAAAUAGUCAGUUGUCCUAUUGAGAUUCUUAAUUCUGGAUUUUGCUGAUUGCCUCUCCAUAGUGUAUCUCUUAACAUGAUUCUCUGUCACCUGAAUGUCAUGUGAGUUGAUUGUUAGAUAUGGAGGCCUAAUAAGAUUCAGGUUCAGUUUUUUAGUAGGUACACUAGAUGCUCUGUUUUUCCAUCAGGAGGCAUACAGUGUCUGAUUCUGUAUGUUUCUAUCUCUUUUUAGUGGAUUAACUGGACGAUAAUUAGAAGCAUUCAAAUAACAGUGGUAGGUUAUUCACAGACAUGUGUUACCACCAGACCUUGGGCAACAGAAUGUGGGUUAGGCUAGAGUUUGAAUCUUCCCGUGUCACCAGUGCCCUUCUCUUGGUUGGCACCUCCUUCCUUUCCUGGGUCCCUUUUUAAACCAUCAAAUUCUGGGCUGGCUGCCAGCUGAGCAGUGAACCUCUUGACUGUCCUUCUUGCCAGCCAUUUGCCCUGGAAGUUUUCCCAGCCCCGACAUGCUUCUCCCAGUACACCCUCCUCACCCUCAGCCCUGCCCAGAGAGUUUGCAUGCUCUUGAGUCACACUUUAUAAGAGAAAUAUUCAGGAUGCAAAAGAAUGACUAGAAUGCAGAAGAGAAGGAGUUUGUUCAUUAAUUUCAGCAUAACAAGUUAAAAACCUUUUGAGAGGAAAGUUAUACAGACUUUUUUUUUAAUCAGUCACUAAAAUGCUUUCAGAUGGCCUUCUCCUUAAUGUAAGAGUAUGGAUUCAGCUUGAAUUUUCUGUGGAUACUGCUCUCUGGAUAUCCUCUGAGACAAAGAGUUUCCAUGGCCACAUAAUUUGGGAAACUCUGUAUAUCCCAUCUUAAGAAGGACCAUGACCAUAGUAAAGCCUGUAUAGCUUUGUUUAAGGCAGAAUUUCCUUUUGUUUGUUAAAGGGUAAAAUUUCCAGGACACAGUUUGGGAAAUACACUUUGGAAGAACCAUAAAGCUAAUCUUCUGGGUAAAGUGAGGCAUGGGAGAAAGGGGGCAUUAGCGAUUAGAACCAGCACUCUGGAAUUUCUCUGACCCACUUGAGUCUGGAGACGCUUGGGGGAUUGAAUUGGUAAGAGGUUCUUAUAAUGGGCUUCUGCAGAAAGCUUAUGUUCCUGGUUUCUUGGCCUAAACUCAUCAAGUAUUUAAGCAAACUUUUGUCUUCCUUCUGAGAUGACUUACAUGCAUCCUGCAUGACACCAGGGAGCACAGAGGCGUGAACUAGUGUUACCUGGGCCUCAGUCCAGUAUUCCUCAGUUAGCAGCAAAGCAAAUUUGCUGGCGUGAAUCAAGUGACCUAGAGUGACAAAUUAUAUGGCAACUGGGCAUUAGCCACUGGGGAACAGGACAAGUGAGCUGAAAGUAGGAGGUUGUGGGCUUCUGAGCAUUGUCAUCUGAGCAUUGUAGUCAGCAGUGGUUGUGUGACUGGCAAAAUGUGGGGUGUUCAGUUGACUGGUCCACUGACGCCUCAAGAACAGGCAGUGGUGGGGAGGUGAUCAUUGCAAGCAAUGAAAGGCUGGCAUAGGGAGAGUGGACUCAGUGGUGAAAGUGGCCUAUGAGGAGGAUGGUCAGAAGCCCAGUGUCAGAGGCGUAUUGCAGACUUAGUUUCCCUCUCCUUUGGCACUGAGUUCCAAGGAUCUGAGGUUGUGUGAACAGAUGGUGUUCCAAGGAAACCUCAGACUUGGUUCACAAAAUAGACUAAUCUGUGCCUGCAGGUAACUGGCCCCACUGCCUGCUGUUUAGCAGGGCUGGGACAGGCUGGGACUGACAGAGCACUGUGCACAUGUCAUACAGCACAGUUAAUGAGCAUCUACUAUGUGCCAGGCAUCAUUCUAGGCACUGAGGGCACAGUGAUGAAUGACUCUUUUCUUGACAUCAAAACUCUUCCUGACAAGACUCAGUGCAGCACAGAGCAUGGGCUCUAGGGAGAAAGAGAAGUGGUUUUCAAAUCUAGUCACUUGCUGUGUAGCUCAGUUUAGCCAGAACCCUUGGUUUUCUUGGCACAAAAUGAAGAUUUUAACAGUCCUUCCCUACUCAAAAGGUAUUGUGGAAAUAGGAACUAACAUCAGUAAGCAUUUGGUAUUUCCUGGGGGUGUUAAAUUUUUUUUUUUUUUUUUGUGGUGAUGAUUUUGGUUUCCUUAGCUUAAGGUCAGCCUGAGCAAGAAUUUCAAUCAACCAAGAAGCAAAUACUUCUUUAUUGAACACUGUAGACCCAGAUACCUAAAAUUGCCCCUUCCCUUAAAAAAUGUAUAACCUAUUUGGAGAAACAGGAAAUAAAUUCAUACUUAGAUACCAACACUACCAGUUUCAAAUAUCCACGUGGGUAGGGAUUUUUGCAGUGCGGUCAACUCUAUUUUUAGUGCCUACCACAGUACCUGGCACAUGGUAAGUAAAAUAAAUAUUUGUCAAAUGAAUGAAUGAAAAUCAGCUUGAAGGAAUGAAACAAGUGUUAUAUGGUUGCCAAAGAAACAGGAAAAAUUACAUACUCACAUGGCUACCAUUGGAUUCCGCUUAGACACGGCCUAGGAAUCAGACUGGUUGAGACGUCUGGUCGGAUAGGCAUGAUAUCUUUUUGCUCCCCACUGAGUGGAUUCAGUAAGAGGCAGGGCAGUAGGACUCAAACCUAAUGGUGAGGAGGGACAGGAACACAGUCUCAGAAUUAAUAGACCUGGCUGUUUGGAUAUUUAGAAUAACUUGUUCAGCUAAGCUGCUAAAAUUGCACAAGGAAACAAAAAAGCAACACCAACUAAAAUCAACAGAAAACUGCUUCCCUAGUGGGGCCGGGAGCCAGUAUCAGCGGCUAGCCUGGGCAGGCAAGGCCUCUGGGCUUUUACUCUGUGCUGACUCAGGAACUGCCUGAAACCUGGAUUGUAAUGACAGCCACCCUUUGGGGGAGUAAGCCACCUGCUCACUGUGAAACAGCAGAGACCACAAUUUCAGAGCAGGCAGAAAAGCAGCAGGCCAGUGGCAACUGAGUUUGGAGGGCACAAUUUCCCCCCAAAGAGUCCAUAUUAGCAGGAGGAAAAACACCUGUGUUGCUAGGGGAACAAUGUGGACUCUCCCUUUGUAUGUGGGGUCCCUCCGCCUCCCUUUUCCUCCUCCCUCCCCUUCUUUCCUUCAAUUAGUAUUUCUUGAGCAUCUGUAUGUGCCAGACACAAUUCUAGGUACUGGAGAUACACCUAGGAACAAUACAGAGGAAGCCUGUGUAUUCCUGGAGUCUCCAAACAACCAAGGACAUACAGCAUCAGGUAGAACAGGAGCUGAAUGACACCCCAGAGCCAGCCAGGGACAAUCUAGGGAAAUGGCAGUUGAGGCAGGGGUGGGGGGGGUGGGGUGAGCAUGGGCAGUGGAGGAGGAGCAGCCUUUUGAGGGGGCAGCAGUAAGUGGUGAUGUCAGAGAGGUGGGGCCACCAGCUGAAAUCCUUUUUCCUCCAGAGCUCAGAAAAAAUCUCCCUUCUGUGAACUCCUAAUGGUACCAAUCAUGUCCGGCCUCAUGCCUAGGAUGGUGGUCCCCGCUCUACUGCUGACAUGCUCCUAUUGUUAAAAAUGUUGGUAUAUUCUCACAUAUAAAUAUAUGUGUUUAUAUUUUGUACACUAUAAAACAUACCCUGAGUUAGAAAUGAAUGAGAUAAAAGAAAUACCAGAAUAAUUUCUAAUCAUUUCCCAUACUCUAAUGGACUGUCUUGUGCACCUCUUGGAAAACAUGACUCAGGUUUACUACUCAGGGUAGUUUUUUGUUGUGUGUUGGGUUUAUCUCCACAACUAGAUGAUGUAUUCCAUUAGGCUAAACUCUGACUUAUCCCUGAUGUUGCCUGGCACAGGGCUGAACAGAUGGAAGUAGUAAUUACUGUCCAAGAGACAAAAGACUCCAGUUCUGGUGGACACAUAGACAAUGAGGCACCAGUGUAGAGGGCUUCUGCAGGGAGACAGGGAUAGGUCCUAUGGCCUUUUUUAUGGCUAGAUGAAAGAUUCCUUGUAUCAGUCAGGGUUCAACCAGGAAAGCAGAGCCACUGUGAGUAUUACAGAAGAAGGAAUUUGUUAUAAGGAUGAGGCCUUCUACAACUGGGGAAGGAGCAAGGGAAGUAAAGGUCCAAAAAGGUUUGUUGAAGAAUGAGAGAACAGUCACUAUGCAGCCCUGGCUGGGGGAAUGAAUCAGAGCUUGCAGGGGAGUCUGGAAGCGAGUCUUGAGCUGCUUGAGUAAGACUGGGUGGGGAAGCUGGUGCAGAAGUCAGCUUCUUUGUGGCUGUGACCAUCUCUGUGAGCUCACAGGAAGCAUCUGAUAGUGGCCCUGGGGCCACUGUUGGUCAGCAGGGCCGGCGGUUGGGAGAGAGGGAGGGAGCACUGGGUACACCAGGAGGAAAAGCAAGGAUGGACUGGAAUCUAUGGGCACCUCUGCCUCUAUCUCUCAUGGCCUCUAACCUACAAGGAUCUUCAGAGUAUCAGCUUCACUUUUGCCUAACUCAAACCCAGAACCACACAGGGAAAGGCAUUCUGAAGAAACAUAGCCUCCAGCCUGAGUUUAUCAUGGAACCAUCCAGCACAUCCCUGAGACUCACUCCCUUUGUUCUGCUUCAAUGUCCAUGAAGAGAAACAUCAUGAUUAUUGAUCUGUCUUCCUUAAUACCUCAGUGCUAGAAAGGGAGGGGCCCUGGAUGGUGAAUGCAAAUAUUUCAGUCACUGGAAAAGUGAAACCUCUCCUGAAAAUUAACACUUUGAAAUAUGUCUGUGAUUAUAAAAUUGAACCUUAAACUACGAGACAGCCAAAUCUGCUACCCAGUAAGUCCCUGAGCAGUGUAUUUUUUGCUUCUAUUUCUGAUAUGUCAGACUUAGAUUGUUCCAAUAUCAAAGGCAGAACUCCCUUGAAUUUACCCACCUCUCACUGUCCCUGUACAUUCUAUGGGUCAAGCACUAAAAAGCAGGGAAAUAAAGCAAAAAUGAGAGGAGGGGUGGUUAGUCUGCAUCCUGAAUAAUUGCAACAGGUCAUUUUGUUUAUCUAAAGAGGCACCUAUAUUGCAUGUAACUGUGUCAGGCAUGGGUCUAAGUGCUUUACAAAGAGUAACUAGCUCAGUCCUCAUGCUAAUUCUAAAGAUCAUUUCUAUUAACCCUCCUUACAGAUAAGGUAAGAGAUAUAGAGAGGUUAGUAAAUUGCUCAAAGUCACACAGCUGGAAUUUACAUCAUGAUUAACUAUACCUUUAUGUGUAAAAGGUUCAAAAAUUAUCAAGUUCAAAAGCUGAGUUUAUUUUUAUUAUCACUUACAAAAUCUAUUCAGAAUGUGUAGUAUUAGCUGUCAUUUAAAGAGUAGCUUUCUUAGGGACCAGGCAGAGCCCUUUACAGGUACUGUCUAAAAUAAUGCUCACUCUUUCUGGGUUAGGUAGGUAUUAUGAUUCCACUUUGCAGAUAGAGAAAUAGGAGAAGUGAUUUUUGCAAGAGCACACAGCUAGUUGAAAGGACAGCCAGGAUUCAAAACUGACUUCAAAGAUAGAGCUUAGACCAAACGCUCAGAGGAGGCUAAGCUCCAUCCAGAAGAGUGAUGGCAGAGUCCAAACCAUGCAAGUCAGUCUGGCUCAUGGCAAUGAGAAACUAAAUCCAACUGCCAAGCUGUAAUUCACAAGCAGUGUGUGAAGUGAUUGGGGGUUGGAGAAUCACCUGGGGCCCUUUAGUGAGCUUGUGCUUUCCGGAGGUGAGUGAUCACUCUUGGGGCCUAGAACAGGGUCCCUCAUCUUUGUCUUCUUUCUCUUGGCCUUGUCAUUAGUCUGUCUAUUCUAAGUUUCUACCCUCCACUGGGUUUUCUCUUUUCUGGAUCUUCAAGGGGCAGGGGACAGAGGGGCAAUACUUUGCUUUUCCCUUUCUUUCUCCAAACAUAAAUCCUUCUGCAGGUUUUUCCUCACUUACUAACUAUGUAGCACAUUACAAAGUUACAGGAACUUUUAAGACCUUGCACUUCUGGUCUUUAAUGAAAUAUAAGUGGAACUCAACUUCAUUGUCCUUUUGUCUUUUGCUGGCUUACUUUUAAGUCUUUCAGGGACCCAGAAUCCCCCAAUUGCCAUGCCCUCCAGAAGGAAGCCCCAUUCCUCAUUUUUCAUAAUUUCUCUGCAAAUUCAGAAUGAACAAGUGUUUUCUUCUCUUUCUUUUAAUUGUGUGGUUCUUUGGAGAGUUUUCAUUAAAAAAUUAAAUAUGGUUUUGGAUAAUAGAGGAUGUUUACCCUUUAUUCUAUACAUUUUAUGUAAUAAUUUUCAACCAUUGAUCUUUUACUUCUAAAAUAAUACCUCUCCUAGUUUUCUACUCCUACAGGUGUAAGCUCCCCUCACCUUCAUCUCUCUCCUAUCUCCAUUUGCCAGUUUUGAUUUCUGGCCAACCCUAGACAUAGAGUAAUAGCCAAUUCAUCGGGUAGGAUCAUGCCAUCAGUAUAGAAAUACUGUGGGAAUUAGUCUGACAUGCAUUUGGGCUCAAAUGGCUAUAGAUGUGUUUUUUGAUAAGAAAGAAUCCAUUCUGCAUUCAAAAUGUGGAUCUAGUGUGUGUUCUUUACAAGGUGAGGGAAUAUAAAUUAUUCGUACGGGUUCUUCACUAGGAAUGCACUCAUUUUGAUUGGCAUUACUAUCAUUUAUGUAACAUUUUCCCAGCCAUUCAGUUUGGGUUAUUUAUUACCUAUUAUUUUCUAGGCACUCUGCUAGACUGUAGGGUUAUAAAGUAAAUGACACUAUCCUUUUAGCAUAAAAUUUCUAAUUUUAUUCCUGAAACUUUUAUUAGUGACUUGGCUGACUCUGGGAGGUCACUGGUGAAUCUCAGCUGCUCCAUUUGUCAGCUGAAGGGCUUGUAUUAAGUGAUAUCAAUUUUAAAGCAUCUAAAAUCAAAAGAUACAGGAGAUUUAACUUCUUAAUUCAGUCAUUAAGUUGCUCAGUGCCUUUGAACAUAAUACUUAGUCUCUGGAUCUCAGUCUCCUCCAUAAAAUACACAGAAGGCACUAGAGCAGGCUAGGAAGCAUGUAUUCCAAGGAACUUUGUUUCUUGUCCUUUCUAGGAAAAAAAGGUUGUGUCCAAGAAGAUCUGGGAAAGUCUAGAGUCAGUAGGUUUCUUAAUUCCAGGACCUCUCCGAAACUUUAUUCUAUCAAUUUUGCUUCAUAACUCUCUAAGCAGGACUUAGCAGGUAGGUUUCCCAGAUUUACUUGACAGUGAAAUCCUUUUCCCCCAGAAGCAUCUUUGUAGUACUAAUAAAUUGUCCUUCAGAAUACAUUUGAAAAAUGAAUUACUACAUACCUUUAAGGCCCUUUAUUGCAGCAAUACUCUCUAUCCUUGGAUCAAUUUUAUGUCAUAUAUGCUAGUUUAUGUUCUAAUAUAGCUGAGCUGUGUGCAUUUUAUUGGGUUUCCUUUUUAUCUUCAAGUGGUACUUUCAAGUCUCUUAGUGCACAGGCUAUAACCUUACCAAUCUUGAAUACAUGGCCAGCAAAAUCAUGCAUCUCAUUAGCACUUUGGUCAAUAGUGUCCAGAACAUUAUGUUUUGUAGGGAAACAUUCCAAAGAGUAGCACAGAGGAGGCUCCUUGGGGGGAGGGAGGAGAUAAAUGAACAUGAGAAAUAAUAGCAUUAGUAGGGCUGAUUUCCAUGAAAACUCACAAAAAUAUAUUUGACAUUUUGAUAACUAAAUAUAGUGCCUCCCAUCACAGGACUGCUCUUCCUCCACCAAGACUGUUAAAGUGCAGAGUAACAGAGCUGAAUGGCUCCAUGCAAAAGUCUGUGUUCAACAUCUGUCAUGCUGGAGAUCAUUAAUGUUCAAUUGCAUUCUAUUGUCUUCGUGUUACUCAACUUCAUUUCAUUGUCAUUGCUUCAGCUGGGGAUUAAUCAACUAUUUAUGGGAAGACAGGACUUGGAGUCAGAGCAGUCUAAAGCAAUGGUGAGGGAAGCAAGACAGUUAAAAGACUCCUGAUUUGUGAGAGUGUUGAUCACUGAAUUAAACAAAAAUAUCUGAGAAUAAUGUCAACAUAAUCCAUAUUUCAAAAGGAGAAAGAACAUAUUGGCCUUCCUAAAAAAUCCAGAAAUGAUUUUGGCUUGAAUCUUUUUGGAGCUUGUUUCUUUGCCACUUUUCCUUAAAAGCUAGAAAGAAGCUGAGAGAAGUUAACGGUUUCUCUGUAAAUCAACUCAUCAUUAUCAUUAAUGAUUCAUCAUUAAUGAAAUCAUGCUUCAUUAUUGUUCCUGAGGACAGUUGACACAACUGAAACAUCCAAGUAGCAUGAAGUAUUUACAGCUUUAUAAGGUGGGGAAAAUUUUUUUCAUUAGGAAUUAUUCUUUAAAACCUCACAAAUCACUUAGAUGUUUCCAUUUUGCACAUGUAUAUGCAUGAUGAUUAGUUUUAUUCAAUUUAAAAGUCAAAUUAAAUAACUAAGAGAUUGUCAUCUCAAUAUAUGUCCUGAAAACAUUUAUGAACCUGUGUCAGGGGACUGGAGUAUAAAUUCUGAAUUUGCCUAAGUUCCAAAACCAUGCAAUCUAAUUAUGUAGAAAAUAAUAUACAUUUUUGAUAUACACAAUAUCUUUUGACAAGUUGUAGUAAAUUAUUCUGCAGAAAACACCCAAGUUAUUUGCACAGUAAAAAUUCCAGGUCUGAAAUAAUAUUAGGACCUGCUAAUUUGUCCAACUUAAUAGCUAAAAUAAAAUGCUAAUAUAUUCAAUCAGCAUUAUGCAAAAUUGUCACACAUCGUGACAAAGCAAAAUCUUCUAACAUUAAAAAUCCAUAUGUCAUAAUUUCAAGACCAACAUAUUCACACAAGUCAUUUCUGGUAACUUUAAAAUCUUGGUUCAGUUUUUGAUAUGUAAGCUGCCUGCUGAUAUGGGAAAAAAUGGACUAAGCCCUCCCUCCACCCCCACCUUUUUAUUCUUUUGGGGACAGCCAGGCCACUCCAGAUGGUGUGUUAGUGUUGGACAUAGCUUUGGAGAAACUUCCAACAGACGAAGGCUGUAAUGUCAGGAUUUUGCUGUGCGUCGUCCCCCUUACCCCCCUGCAGUUCCCAGGGUAGGAAGGUGCUGAGAUGGAAGCCGAGGGACGCCCACCCACCUGCCACCACCUGUUCCCUUCUUCAGCCCUCUGCUAUAAAUUCUCCUCCUUCAAAGAUUCAUCCAGCACGCUCCGACAGCUACUAGGGAAAAAGCGCUCCUUGCCUAUCUGAGCUUCGGGAAAGAUUUCAUCCUCCUGAAAGAAGUCUCAGCUUUCCCAGAGGACUUGAAAGACCUUCCCCGAACCAGCCACACCAAUUCUGCUGCAAGAAGUUUCCCUUUUCAUUUUCAACUUCACGUUUGGAAAAUGACUUUCGUUUCAGCGUCUCUAUUUCCCCUAAAUUUUGGCAAGUGAAGCAACAUCAAUCUGGUUAUCCAGUAGGACAAAAGGCAGAGCCCAGCACUCCCCACUGCAAACUUUGAUUCCACGCUGGUUGCUUUGUGUAUGACUUAUUUGCUAAGAAGAGCCAAGUUGCAGAGCAGCGCAUACAUCAAACCACGCACAGGUCCUGAGCCGACGAGUGAGCUCGGCGCCUCCCUCCUUCCUAGCCCGGGAUGAAGUCCUGCAAGUCCGGCAACCCGGCGGCGGGAGCGCGUGCCGCGCCCCCGAGUGCCGACGGCGCCGAGUGCGCGGGCACGUGCGCCGGGGCGGGGCGGUUGGAGAACGCGGCGCGCAGGCGCCUCGCGGCCAACGCUCGCGAACGCCGCCGCAUGCAGGGGCUCAACACGGCGUUCGACCGCCUCCGCAGGGUGGUUCCCCAGUGGGGCCAGGAUAAAAAGCUGUCCAAGUACGAGACCCUACAGAUGGCGCUGAGCUACAUCAUGGCUCUGACUCGCAUCCUGGCUGAGGCCGAGCGAUUCGGCUCGGAGCGGGACUGGGUCAGUCUCCACUGUGAGCACUUCGGCCGAGACCACUAUCUUCCUUUCGCGGGCGCGAAGCUGCCGGGAGAGAGCGAGCCCUACAGCCAGAGGCUCUUCGGCUUCCAGCCCGAGCCUUUCCAGAUGGCCAGUUAGGGCGCGCGGCCCCACCGGGAUGGGACGCCCAGAGAUCGCGCUCGGGAGCCUUCUCCCAAGUAGCUGCUUGGGCUUUCGGUGGCCCGGGAUGCAUUCCUAGAGUAUAAUUAGCAAAUUUCCAGCUUACUUUUAUUCGCAUCCCCAGUCCUGUGGGGAUGAUUUUAUUGCUUUCUAUUUUUUCCUCUGUAGUAUGUUGUAGAUUUCAUUGAUGGGCUCUUGGAAUGGUUUUGUUUGCUGAAAAUAAUGUCCCAUCCUCCUUUUCUGGACUUCUUUGGGGGAAAACAUUCUUAAGGAAAAAUAAGAUUAGGUUAUACUGCAGGUUUAGUCCUCAGAGAAAUAAUCGCUUUCUUAAACUUUGUAAGUUUGUCCUGCUAGGGUGAAGUUAAACAGUUAUCUAUUACUUGUGUGUGCUCUAUACCGAGCAGCUUUCCUGUCUUGUAAAUGCAGUUAUGCUUAGUGCAUUGUGUGUGCAUGCAUGAAGUAGUCAGACUUCUUUCCUUUUUUCUGGAGUGUACAUGGGCGUGAGUGCUCUGUAUUUUUCAAAACUGUGUAUACAUUAUUAAAAUAUUGAUUUUUAAAAUGUAAUUUAAAGUGUAGGUUUGUAUUUCAUGCCAAGUGCCCUGCUAGUUUCCUGAUGGCACUAAAGGCCUAUUUGUGUGGGGGGUGAUGAUAGUGAAGUAUUUACUCUUACCGGAGUGUUUAAUCCCACCAAUUUGCUAAUGUACUGUUUUGUACUACUUCAUAAAAAAAAAAAAUAAGCUGAUGAGAGUACAAGUAAUUAAUCUGAAAGUUUUCCCUAUCAAUGUGUAAAUAUAGAUAUAUUUUUCAUGGUUUCUAAAAAAGAUUAAAUUAAGUGAAAGAAUAUUCUGCUUUUAAGUAACUAGAUAUACAGUUCCUUAGGAUUUUAUUUUCCUUAUUAAGCCAAUCUUUACAAGUACCCCCCAAAUAUAUAUUUGUUUCUAUAUAUAUAUAUAUGAACUAACACUGAGACAAAAAAUAAUACUUUUGGAAGUGACUUUCUUUUAAUCAGUACAAGUUGAGCAAUAAGGAUUUCACUACCAUCGAGGUUAAUCAAGAAGGGAGCAAAACAAUACACAUGGUAUUGGUUUGAAUUACUUUUAUAAAUUUUCAUAGCUGUUGAAUGAAUACACCAAACCUGUAAUGUAGAGAAUUACUUGGUGGUCAACAGCACUUCAUGCAUUUGGGAGUAUGUCUUGCUAAUAAUUAGAAAAAGGAGGCCUAAGUUAUCUGUGCAUUUGCAACUUUUCACGAGUCAACAAAAACAACAGUGAUGUUUCCCACACCCAUUUGUUAUGAUUCCAACACCUAACAUCAGACACAGCUACUUUGCAAUUUAUCUGUAGAGUCCUCAUUAAAAUUUUUAAUUUCUUUGUUAUCCCUAAUUACCAACAUCCUUUUGUUUUGUGAGUGGCAGUGUCUUUCCCCACCCAUAAACGAAAACUUACAAAAUCACAAGUGUAUCUCUGGAAAUCCAUUGAGUGACUGACUAAUGCUGAAUUUCCCUUUCCUUCUGAUACCUGUUAUUAAGAAACUGAGGUGGACUCAGGACUUUGCUUCCUCAGUGCAAAUCAGAGAGUAAAAUGUUUAACCUCUUGACAUCAACAGCUCUCAGAAGACACAAUGUUGUGCCCAGACCCCUUUCAGGCCACACUCCGCUCUGCAGUUUGCACUUGGGCUAUGGCAAUGCUCAGGGUAUCUGCCUUCCUCACUCUUGGAGAACAAUAGUCUGCUUAGACUUAAAAUGAUUCAUUAAUAACCCCAGUAAGUUUGUAGAAUUUGUAGAAUGAAUGAAAUCAGUGCUAAAAUUUAAUUAAAUGCUGUGUUAAUUAGAGAAGGUCUCACAGAUGCAUUAAGAUUGUUAGCCCUUCUUUAGGUAGGGCGCAUCCCUCUCUCUGGGCUCUAAAUACCUUGCAAAAGAGAACUGUACUUUUCUCUGUGGCUUCUAGAACAGAGAUAAACAUGAAAUAAAUAUUUCUUUUUUGGUCAUUAACAGGAGUUUCUUAAUAAAACAAACAAUUUAAUUACAGUGAUGGGAUUCUAAUUCCAUGCCUCUUUUCCCCAUCCCCACUCCCCCAAAAGAGUGGAAAUCUAUUAAAUAUUACACUUUAGCUGCCCAUUUCUGUGUUUUGGAAAUCUCUGGAAGCAAUUUAGCUCUUAGCAAAUUCCUAAGCUUUCCACCCUACUCGAUGCACUAUUUUUUUCUUGAAAGAUAUUUGAGGGAAAAAUAAAUGGAUCUCAGCGAUAAAAUCCAGUCUUUGAUAAAACUCCUCAAACUGUAUGUUGAGGGAAUCCAUCAUGGUUUAUAGAUUAGGAACUUGGAUAAUAUAAAUGUAAAAUAAUUUUGAAGUUAAGAUUCAUAUAUUAUUUUACAUAAUAGAAUUUAGAUUACCAAGCAACCUACAAGUUGCGACAAUAUUCUAUAUUGUUCACCUUUUAAAAUCGGAGUUCUUUCUAGUUUGACAACAGGACAUGUUGAAAUUCAAAAAUAUCCUUUUACCUGGGCUCCCUUUUCUCAGUAAAUCAGCAAAUAUUAUCAAGUACGUAAGCAUAGCCUGGCUUACUCAACAUCAUCAUUGUCCUUGCAGAAGAAGCCAGGAA